UAUUUGUUAUUUUUGUUUGUAAGUUUAGUAAGCAAAAAUAUUGGAACCGAGAGAAAAGAGAAACAAAACAAUCGACCAAAUGGUCCAUGCAUCCAUUUUCUGUCGCGCUUCUCCUCACGCGGGUCACCCAUCCCAGCUGUCAUCGGGCAGGAGGCGGGGUACGCCCUGAACCGGUCGCCAGCCAAUCGCAGGUCGGCCAAAUUGUGAUGAUGCAAUGUCCUUUGUAGUAAGAGAAGAUAACGAAGUUCACAUUUGUUUGGGUGACACACACACACACGUGCACACGUUCAUUGUUUUGCAUGUCUUCUCAAGCGGGGUUUGUCCUCUCGCUUGAGGCUCUGCCCACCCUCUGAUGUCCGUGGGGGUCCUAGGCCCGCCCCUGGCGUCUGAUUGGUGGGGCAGGGCCAUAAAUGUGCGUACGUGAGGCGACGUGGCUCCCAGUGCGCGUGCUGAACACCAGCGAGAGUCGACAUGGCCAGCUGCUCAGGUUGCGGACCAGGAUACCGGAGCCCGCUCGACGCUAUGAAGGGUGAGUGUGUUCGUGUGUUAGUGUGUGUGUGUGUGUGUCACUGUGUGUGUGUGUGUGUGUGUGUGUCAAAAGGCGACCGUGAGAAGAUCGUGUAUCUGCCGUGCAUCUACCGCAACACGUCCACUCAUCAGGCCGACUACUUGGCCACCGUGGACGUGGACCCCGAAUCUUCAUCCUACUGCCAGGUGGUCCACCGUCUUCCGAUGCCCAACGUGAACGACGAGCUACACCACAGCGGCUGGAACGCGUGCAGCAGCUGCUUCGGCGACGCGUCCAAGAAGCGCGACCGCCUCAUCCUGCCCGCCCUCAUCUCCUCUCGGGUCUACGUGGUCGACGUCGGCGCUGACCCCAGGAAACCGAGACUCCACAAGACUGUUGAGCCCGUGGAGCUGUACUGGAAGUGCGGCCUGGCCAACCCCCACACCACCCACUGUCUGGGUACCGGUCAGAUCCUGAUCAGUUGCAUGGGGGACCCGUCGGGGGGCGGAAAAGGGGGCUUUGUCCUACUGGACGGCGAGACGUUUGAGGUGAUCGGCAACUGGGAGCAUCCCGGUGAGGCCGCCCCCUUCGGCUAUGACUUCUGGUACCAGCCUCGCCACAAUGUAAUGAUCAGCACCGAGUGGGGGGCCCCCAAAGCCCUCGCAGAUGGUUUUAAUCCCGCUCAUGUCGCAGAAGGUCAGUACGGUACUUCCCUCCACGUGUGGGACUGGACCACCCAUAAGAGGGUGCAGACCUUGGAUCUGGGAGAAGAGGGUGCCAUUCCACUGGAGAUCCGGUUCCUCCAUGACCCAAGCGCCACUGAGGGUUUUGUUGGCUGCGCUCUCAAGGGAAGCGUGUUCCGGUUCUACAAAGCACCAACAGGAAAGUGGGCUGCAGAGAAGGUCAUCAGUGUUCCCAGUAAGACAGUCGAAGGAUGGAUGCUACCUGAAAUGCCAGGUCUGAUCACUGACAUUCUGCUCUCCUUGGAUGACCGUUUCCUUUACUUCAGUAACUGGCUGCAUGGUGACAUCAGACAGUAUGACAUCAGUGACACCAGGAACCCCCGACUGGUUGGACAGGUGUUUUUGGGAGGCAGUAUCACCAGCGAUGGACCAGUCCGAGUCUCGGAUGACCCAGAAAACCAGCCUCGCCCUCGUUUUAUCCAGGGGAAGCUUGUCCAUGGUGGUCCUCAGAUGUUACAGCUAAGCUUGGAUGGUCGCAGGCUUUAUGUAACUACGUCACUGUACAGUGGCUGGGACAAACAGUUCUACCCUGAAAUGCUCCGGGAGGGAUCCAUGAUGAUGCAGCUCGACGUGGACUGUGUCAAGGGCGGUCUGACCCUCAACGAGAACUUCCUGGUGGACUUUGGCAAAGAGCCCGGUGGUCCGGCACUGGCUCACGAGCUGAGGUACCCCGGGGGAGACUGCACGUCCGACAUCUGGCUGUGACACCAACAAUUCCCUGCUUCUUAUUCGGGUGCCUGUCAAUCAAACAAAAUAUUUCAUUUGAAUCUUGAGCCAAGAAGAACCCAUCGACGAUCAGCACUACUUGCUAUUGGAAUUGCAUCAUUUAUAAACAAGACAAAAUACACACUUGGAUGAUGAUUGUGAGCUUACUAGCAGCAGCACCACUAGGGUCCAGGACUCUCCUUGAUACAAUAACAUUUGUAUGCCCAAAAAGAACUUGUGUGCAUUGUUUGACAAAUGCGAACUACAGCCAAAUAAAUGGUUGCACCUGGCACCUUGGAUCCUGAA